UUUUAUUUUCUCAAUUGUGUCAUAAUGCCUUAAGAAAUUGCACAUUUACCUGCUUUACGCCCUCGUGAUCACCUGGGAUAAAAUAUUUAGCAUCGGACGCGUAUGUUCGUGGAUGCAACUGAACUAAACAGUUGCAACUUUACUUUGCACUGAAAUCAAAAGCGAAUCCAGUAAAUCCAGUCCAUCAGGAGCAUUCACGAGAGCUUGCUGGGGUGCAGGGAUGGUAAGGAAACUCAAGCUUCAGAUAUAGUGUGAUAUAUAUCGGGAUUGUGUUGGAGUGGAUCAACAUGGAGCUCCGGGCGGCAUCAGCGGACGCGCAGCAGCAGCUGGCCGGUGACAGGACGCAUGAGUCCCGCAUGGACGAGUACCUGCGGUCGCUGGGCUUUUACCGCAAAAAGAUCGCCAAGGAUGGGUCAUGUCUGUUCAGGGCCGUGGCAGAACAGGUGUUGCACUGUCAGGGUUUACACACAAAAGUGCGGGCGGCCUGUGUGAAAUACCUGAGACAGAAGAGAUCUACCUAUGAGCUGUUUAUCGAAGGCAAUUUUGAGAAAUACCUGGAGAAUUUGCAGGAUCCUCAGAGCUGGGUUGGGCAGGUGGAGAUCUCUGCUUUGGCUGAGCUCUAUAAGCAUGAUUUCAUUAUUUUCCAGGAGCCUGAUCAACCACCCGUCAACAUCACAGAGAACGGCUUCGCUGAUAAGGUGCGACUGUGCUUCCUCAAUGGAAACCAUUAUGACAGUGUUUACCCACAAUCUUUUGAGAAAAGUGCUGCUGUAUGUCAGUCGAUCCUGUACGAGCUGCUGUAUGAUCGAGUGUGUGGCGCCGACCGCAGCGUUAUAGGUUCAUGUAUGAAAGGAGGAAGAGGACGAGAUAAACUCGACUCAGAAGAAUGCAAGAGCGGUGAAGAGUCUGACCUGGAGGAAGAUGAGUUCUGGUCUAGUGAAGGCAGAGAAAAAUCGACCAAUGGGAUGAACGUCAGACAGCCGCAGAGGGGUCGUGGGAGGGGCCACUCUCGAGGAAGGGGGCGUGACCUUCUGUCCACUAAGGUGCAAAAGUCCCUAAACCCCUCCCUCUACAGGAACGUGGAGUAUGAUGUGUGGCUCCGUUCUAAGCGAAUUCAGCAGCAGCGAGAUUUCUGCAUAGCCGCAGGAAUGCAGUACUCUAUCGGAGACAAGUGCAAGGUGCAGCUGAGUGGCAGUAAUCGCUUCUAUAACGCUUAUGUUCAGGAAGUCAGUCCUGACAAUGGGCCAGUCACUGUGUUUAUUGAGGAACUCAAAAGACAACAAACCGUGCCGUUGUUGAGUUUGCGUCUCCCAUCUGAAGAGCCGUCAUGGCAGACGGUGUCAGACAAGGGCAAAAGACAUAGUGUACCAAAUAACGGCGCGCAGACGCCCUCUGAGUGGGAGAACAGAGGAAGUCGGAAGCCAAACAAAACCGCACCUCAGUCAGCAUCCAGCGGUCGUGUGCAGAAGCAACACUCUUGGCCUCCGCAGGCCUUCCCAGAUGAGCAGGCGAGUGGAAGAAACAAGUUCAGACGGCCCGAUCAGCGCAGCAGUCCUGUCGGUGUUCUUCCAGAGGAGGAAGAGGAAAGUGUCGUAUUAGAGCUUCUGCACAAAGACGAGCACAACUUCCCCUCACUCGGAACAAGCCCUCAAACGGCCACUGUUGGUGAGGUGAUAAAGAAAGGAGGGGAAAAGAGAGGCUCCCGGAAGAAGGAACAGAAGGAGUGUGUCUCUGAGACAGAAACAUCCCAGAAGCCUGUACAGAGACAGAAGAGCGCCGCUGAAGAAAAACACGGGAUAAGGGCUUCUGAUGAACCAGGGCAGAGACAUUCUCCAACAAUAAAAGAGAAAUUACAAGAGAAACCCAUUCCUGCCUUUUCAUCUCUACCUCCUGCUAUCUUAUCUGUCCCCAAAACAGUCCCAUCUUCAUCUCAGACUGAAUCUACUACUGCCCCUGGUCUUGAUAAGUCUGCUCCUGAGGCAAUUAAAAAGACCCCUAUUCAACCCAAGAGUAGCCCUGCUCGAAACCCUUACAACAGUCAGUUUGCACUGGUGUCCACUUUAGCCCCUUCACAGCCUGUAUCUGUGGCAGCAGCAGUCUCAGUGACCGCCCCUGCUGCUAUUCAAUCUUCCCCUUCAUUGAAACCUACCCAAACCUCUUUGCAAACUGCCCCAGUGCCUACUGCAGUGCUCCCCACAUCUGAACUUAUUCCCCAGCCCAAUCAAGCACCAUCUCAGAUUACAUUGGUUGAAUCUCUGAUCACCCCUGUCCAAUUACCUGCUGCUAUCCCAACUCAAACUACUCUGCCAUCUUGUGGCUCAAUCCCAGAUGCCCCUGUUCAAUCCACCCCAUCCAUCCAAACCGCUUUUAUUUCCACUCCACCCAUCUUACCUGCCUCUGCAAUACCUGUUUCUGUCCAAGCUCCGGUAGCUGCCCCUGUACUAGAUGCCCCAGAACCGCCUUCUACCACCCUUCCCAUUGAUGUAAGCAGUGGUCCAUCAACUGCCCCAAAGACUGUAGAUCCUCAUACCACUAUGACACCAAUCCCCCUUCCCCAUGCUUCUCCUCCCUCCAUCUCCCAUUCCUCUGGUCCCACCCAAGCUCCACUUCCAGACUUACCUCAAUCCUCAUGCAAUGAUUCAGAUCCACAACCCUCUGAAACAUCAGCUAUACCUGCUUCUGGUGUAGCACCUGCUCCUGACAACCCAUCCCAACCCAGACAACUCCCCUAUCCUCAUCUCCAGUGGUCUCAGCUACUUCAGGACCCGGUUUAUCCAGGGUUCCCUCAGAACGAGAAGGGAGAGGUGGAACCACUGCCUCCAUUUUCCCUCUCCCAAAAAGGAGAAGACCUACCACAAGAUAUCAAUGUCCUCAAGUUCUUCUUUAACCUCGGUGUCAAGGCAUACUCUCAGCCGAUGUUUCCUCCAAUCAUUUAUCUGGGUCCACUGAACCAAGCCUAUCGGAUGAACCUUAGAGGGCCUCCUCCUUCCUCUGACUCUUCCGCUAACCCCACACCGACUUCAUGGCAACCAGAAAACCCUUCUCCUCCUCAGAAUUUGAGCUCCAUCCCUGACACCUCAAUGGAGAGCCAUGCUCCUCCCGUUGCACCUGUAGCAGUUAGUAGCGGUCCUGUUGGUCCCAUAGAGGUCGGAGGGUACAAUGAUCAUCCUCCAUCCCUUCCGAUGCAAGUGCCACCAAGACCACCAUUGCCCUGGUCAGCUGCUUCUGGCCCAAGUGCCUAUGCUGGGACGUACCCAGCUGCCCCUCCAGUGCAUUUUUCAUCACCACCCUGUCCACCUCCUGGGAAUCAAAUGUAUCCCCCAUCAUCUGUUGGGUACCACCAUAUGCCGCCUCCACCGAUGCCUCUUGAAGCCUUAAACCAUGGCCCUCAUGGUCGGAUGGAUGUCUCACCAUUUCCUCUCACAUUGGACAGAGGUCAAGAGAAUGGCCAGAGGUCUAUGAACCCCCAGUAUGGGUCCUUGCAGAAGAUCGCUGGCUUUCCAGGAGGCCAACCUCAGUUGAGUGGUGCUGUAGAUAUUCCUGUUUCAAUGGCCACAAUGCAACCUCCACCCUAUGGUGGAGCUUGUGCUGUUGUAGGACAACCUUUUCAGCUUGGCCCACUGCAAGGAGAUAUGGCAGGAUUGACCUCCCUAGCCAAUGGGAGCUUAGGAAGACCGGGGGGAGUCUUUGCAAAGAGCUUCCAUGCAGGACAAUUUGCAGAGGAUCCUUCCCGCCUCAUCCACGCAUAUUCUCCUGAUGACAGUUGGUCCGUUGAAGAGAUGGAGUUUCCCAAUGUCGAUCUCAGAGUUGGCCAGUCCUUCUAUAGCCAGUCCUACAGGGCUGUAGGAAGACGUGGCCAAGAUGACAGAGGAGGAUAUCGAGGCCGGAGCCAACGUGGGCGGAAAGAUUACCCUAGCCGAGGUAGACCGGAUGACCAGUCAUCCUAUAGACAGUAUGGGAGACGAGGUGCAGGGCCAAGGGUCGGGACACCAUAUCAGUGAUGCUGAAAUGCUGGAUAUACACUGCUUUUUGGUUUACAAUGAUGCCAGAUACACAAAAUUUGUUGUUUGAAUUUCUGGGCGGCUUUUGGUACAUGUUGUUGAUUAGUAAUAUAUCCAAUGGUUUUAACUGUUUUUUGUCUUUUUUCCCCCCACAUUCUCGCUUUCACCUGUUUUGAUUUCACAAAUCCCAAGUGAAAAUGUGUUUGCAUAGAUGUUGUAAUAAAAUCUAAUAAAUAAUCUAAUCAAUAUUUUUUUUUCAUGUUGAGCACAGACUGCACUGCCCCUCUACAUGCACACUAAAAGGGAAAAGAUAUUACCCAUUAUAUUGGUUUGCAUGUAUAAAACGUAUCAGAUCUAUGUGAAUCUGAUUAUUAUUGUUUUUCAGAUUACUUUCCAGUCUUUAUUUUUUUAAUUUGUGUGUCAAGAAUGUUCUACAUCUUUUAACAUGGUUUUUUUUUCUAGACCGGUUCUUAGAAGACUGUCCUGAAAAGCUUGUAAACAAUUCAACUUGUGCUUCAAAGUGAAGAGUAUAAUGGCGUUGGCAUCUCACCUGACACAGCAAAGUGCCUUUUUGUCAAGUGUUGCAUGUAUUUUUUGGGAUUUCAACAUAAUUGGUUUUCUUUAUCGUGCACUAUCAACCUCCUCCAGAGGGCUCUGGGAUGUCUGCUGAAUGAACGUUGAUGCCUCUAAAUAAAUUACAUUUCUGAUCCAAAGAUGUUGUUUUAACAUCAAAUAAACAAAUGCCUAAUGAUA